CUGAAGUCAUAAAUUCCACCCAUACUAGAAAAGGCCCUCAGAAAGCUCUUCCCCAUUCCAUAAUUUUGUCAAAAAGAAUUGAAAAAAAAAUAAAAAAAGGCUGUUUCUUGGGCUUUGCCCCUUCCUCCAUUCUCCCUCUCUCUCUCUCUGCACAGUGCACACUUUACCUUUCACCCUUAGAUCAUCACAGAUCUACUAGAGCUCUCCCCAGUUAUUUGUUCUUUCAAGAAAAGCAGAGCAAAAGAAGAGGUGUAAAAGUAGGAAAGGAAGAAAGUAAGUUUAAGCCUUGGAGGAAAAGUUUCCCUUUUGUAAUCAGUUCUUCACCGAGUGGUGACUUCUCUCUACCCUUUCCGAAAGCUCCAAAACCCAGUGAGAGAAUUUCUGCACUUACAAUCCCCAUGAAUCAUAGUGUCUACCUGUACAAAUUUUUAUCUCCCUAAUAAUCCACCGAAGCCCACUUCCAAAGUUUUCAUCUUUAUGCCACCUUCAAAUUCGUCUGUCUUUCUCGGUUAAAACCUCUUAAACCCUCUCAGAAACCUCACAGCCGCAGGUUCUUUGUACUCUCACUGAGGACGAUCCAAUACACCUUGGGUUUCAGCCCGCUCGAUACCCUUGCCCAUUGAUUUCUGGCAUGUCUACCACCGCGCCACUGUACGAGCAGCCACCGGCCACGCCCGCGACGGCCCAAGCCUACACCUCCCACGACGGUCGCGGCUCGGUCGGGCCGGUCAUUGCGGUUCUCGCUGUGAUUACGGUGCUGGGAGUGAUAGCCGGCAUGAUCGGUAGGCUGUGCUCGGGGAGGCCCAUCAUGGGUCACGGCCAGUAUGACUUCGAAGGGUGGAUUGAGAGGAAGUGCUCCGCCUGCCUCGACGGCAGGGUCGACCCCCCUCCCCCGCGGCCGGCUGUGGCCCCCGCCGUUAGCGGUGGACCCGAGGAAGCGGCCCAGGAGGAGGGCGGAGAGGAGAUUAAGGAAGAGGAGGAGGAGGAAGAGGAGCCCCAGCUGCAGAGGAGAUCACAUGGAGCUGGCGCUUCUUAAAUUCCUGACAAUCUCAUUCGUCUUUGGAGUUUGUUCUUUUCCACUCUCUCUCUGUCUCUCUCUCUCGUAAAGCUGGAUCUCUCCUGGUUCUGAUAGCUGUGGUGUUCUUAAUUGUUUUUCUUUUUCAGUUAUGAAAUUUGCAUUCUUUCGGUAGAAAUCGUAGCUUGGCGAUUCUGAAGGGCGAUCUGGAAAUGACCGAGAUUUCUCUAAUCUCUAAUCUCCUGGAAAGGUUCCUCUCAUUGAGGAGUUCGGAUUCUUUUUCCCCACUUUGAAAUUCUUCUGCUCAAACACCAACGUUAAAUUAGUCACACGGGGACCAAUUUAGGUUCAAUUUCAAGAAUUCAUGAAGCACAUGAACUGUCUGGAGGCACUAGCAUCUCAAGGACAAUGCUGAUGUCAAAAUGUUGCAGCCCGAUUGGUAUGCUACUGUCAAAAUGUCUGAGGUCCACAAGCUCUCCCAGCUUUAUAUUUGUUGAAUAUACUCAUUAUUCUUCGGUUCUUUGCCUCUGCGGAAUCUGACCAUCUGCAUUGAGUUGCACAUGGCAUUGUGAAACCUUUCUAACUCUAGCAUAAAAGACAAUGGCAGGGUUAUAUAGCUGAAUUGCCAUAUUGGGGCCCUUAGAUUCUCUAAGCCUUUUAAAAUAAGAGAUGGGCAAUGAUGGCCCUGUGCAAA